AUGCGGGCGGAUGAAAGUAGUAAGUUUCUGUUCUUUCUGGCUGUUUUUCCGUUUUUAGAUCACGUGUAGAAUAUCAAUGGGGUUUAUGGAAAUGGAAUGUGUUUACUAGGGGAAUGCCUGUAAAAGUAGUGUAGUUUCAUGGGAUCUUGAAAAUGCGUUUCAUAGUCUGUUUUUCGGCUAUUUGAUACAAAUGUUCUCAACGAGUAAGAAUGAACAGGUAUAAUAUAAAUAAGCGACGCAAUUUUGAUACAAAUAAAUUAUUGGGAUACUGAGGUUUUCGAUGUUCUCUCAAAUUCAGAGCCUUUUUUCGAGGAAUUAAUUUUUGCGAGAUUUGGGAAUUCUUUUGAGAGACGCUAGCUAAGCCACGUGAUUUUGAUUGCGGAAAUGAAUUAAUCAAAGGCAACAUGAGACUUUUAUUUUUUUUAUCAGACGUCACUUUCACUUUUUGAGCUAUGAGUAUUAGUUUUUAGAAGAUAAAAUUUCUAUUUCCUCCAAAAAAUAGCCUGUCUUGUCAAUUAGUACCUAUGAUUCUUUUCAGAAUUGCCCUCAAUUACGGAGGAAGCUCCAAUGGAUGAUAAUGAAGUGAUAGCUCCGAUAUUCCCUGAUUCGGGUCCUCCCCCAUUACUGGCCUUACCCGCUCCGCCGAGUUAUUCCCAAGCGAUCGGACCGGAUUUGCCAUCGAUUGGAGGCGAAAUGGAAGGCCAAAAUCAAGAUGAAAAUGGCCAUCGAUACGUGGGAUUGGUGAAUCAGGCAAUGACAUGUUACUUGAACUCUCUUAUCCAGACAUUGUAUAUGACGCCGGAGUUCCGGAACAUUAUUUAUAAGUGAGUUUUUGAAUUUUUGCAAUGGUCGAAUUUUGGACUGUUCUUUAUUUUUGUUUUUAGGGUGGAAAGGAAAAAUAAUGCCCGUGACAUUGCAUUCCAACUACAGAAACUCUUCUUACAGUUGCAAACUAGCGACAGGACUAGUCUGGAAACAGUGGAUUUAACACAAUCGUUUGGGUGGGAAAACGAAGGUAAAUUUGAUUUUCAAUUGUAUUGGACUUGAUGUUUAGGGCUCAAAUGAAUUGAUUUAAUUUAGUGUACGACCAGCACGAUGUCCAGGAGCUUUGCUGGUUGAUGGUAGAAGCUUUGGAAAAGCGGUGGGCCAACACUCAAUGGAAAGGAAUGAUUGAAAAUCUGUUCAAAGGCGAGGUGGUGGAUUAUGUGAAAUGCAUGAACUGCAAAACCAUCAAAUCGAGGAAUGACAUUUUCUUGGACUUGUCGUUGGCUGUUCGGGAAGACGGUGCAACGGAAAGCCAUAAGACCUUGGUGAGUAAGGCGAUUUAAUUAUAUUGUACUUGUUGUGUUUCAGCAAGAAGCAUUAAAAGCUUUUAUAAAACCUGAAUUGCUGGAUGGAAAUAACCAAUACAAGUGCGAGAAGUGCGACUCACUUCAAGACGCACAAAAAGGAUUGGGAAUCACGAGGUUCCCAUAUCUGUUGGUCGUUCAACUCAAAAGGUUCAGCUUCGAUUACAAUACAAUGCACAGGAUUAAACUAAAUGAUCGGUAAGUGGAUUUAAUAUUUUUGUUUGGUGUUUUAGGAAUCAGAGAAUACCUGGAAUUGAUGGGAAUCUAACUUUUAGAUUGACAUUCCCCGACUUUCUGGAUCUAAAUGAAUAUUUGUACAAGCCCCCGGAAGAAAAACCGAAAAUGUCUUGGGCCAACGUGGCCAAGAAAGCCCCAUCCCCGACUCCGUCAAACGAAAAGUCCGAAUCGAGUCCGGAAGGUGAUUGGUAUGAUGUCUUUCCUGAUUCGGAAGUGGUGGAGACAAUGCUGAAGAAGGGCCCAUAUGUGUACGAAUUGUUCUCGGUCAUGGUCCAUCAAGGUUCGGCGACUGGAGGACAUUAUUAUGCAUACAUAAAGUAAGUAAUCUUUUGAUUUUUUGUAGUUGUGCAUUUAGGAACCUUGACCAACAGAAAUGGAUGUGCUUCAACGACUCGAAUGUGAACUUUGCCUCUUAUCAAGAGGUGCAACGCACAUUUGGUGGCUCAUUUUCCUAUGGAGGGAUGAACAACUCCAACGCCUAUCUUUUGAUGUAUCGACGCAUCGAAAAAGAGCGGAACGAACACUUCAUAAGCACCCAGGACCUUCCACAACACAUAAAGAAUAUAAAGGAGAAAAUGGAAACCGAAGAGAGGGAAAAGGAGGAAAGGAAAGCACUGGAGAAGGCCAUGGUGAAGGUGAAUGUAAUUUGCAACGAUUUCAAUUACAUCCAAGCCGAACCGAAGGAGCUGAUGAUCCAUAAAGAGACGUCCUUUGAGGAUAUCAAGAAGAAAUUAUUGGAGAACUAUGAGAAUUUGCAACGGGAAGCAAGACUUGUGGAAUGCAAGAGUAACUGGAGAAUGGUCAGGGAAAUCAAUAAGGAAAUGUUUGGGGACAAACCGGUAAGAUGUUGUUUUAGUGGCAUAAAUAGCCUCUAAUCUGGGGAGGAGGUUGUCUGGGGGAUGUAAAAAUUUACUAUUUUGGCCUGUUUUUAUUGUAAUGGUAUUAGGUUUACUGUACAUGAAGAAUACACAAUAUUGUUUCAGCCCCUUUCUCAUCUGAAACCGCCAUCCCGAUGGUCCAGCGUCCCUGCCGAAUGCCACAUCAUGAUCGAUACCCGCGAAAGAGCCCACUUCCAGGAGAUCCCGGAGUGCUCCCAAACAGCCGAGGUCUGGCUGGUGGACCUGGACAAAAAGGCGGUUUAUCCGGUGAAAAGAGUCGCCUUCGAUCCGGAAUCGACGGUCGGCGACCUCCGUGGAUCAUUGUGCGCCAUCGGGAAGAUUGGGGAAUCGGACCCGCAUAAUGUUCGAAUCGUCUACAGUCCGUAUGGUGAAGAUGGACAACUUCAACUGCUAGAUCAGACCGAUGAUUUGGUCAGAAAGUUUAUCAGAACUCCCAAUUGUAAUCCGCAGGUAACUGGUUUUGGUAACUAAUAAGUCAUUGUUGUAUUUUACAAUUGAGUUAAAAAAAUUUUUUUUUAGCUGUAUGUUGAUGUUGGGAACUUGGAAAUUCUUGCGGAAGACCGCAAGAGGUAUUUUGCGAAAACGGAAAUGUUCCGAUUAUUGGAUUCCCACAUGUACAAGAUGCAUCUGCAGCUUCAUUUGCCCUCAUUGAGUAAGUAUUUUUAUAAUUUCUUGAUUGUUUGCGGGCUGUAUUUUAUUGUAAAUGUUUUGUUUUCAGACGAUUACUGUCGGCUCGGCGUGUUCCCGCCAAUGAUGUGCCGAAACGGAGCCCGCUCUCCCAUCGCGUCCCCAUUCGCCAUCCAACGAGGCGACGGGAAACCCUUUUCCAUAUCCGAUCUCAACGAAGACACCAACUCCUCAUCCACCCCAUGUCCCUCGAUUAACGAGGCACCCGAUAAUGAGGUCUUCCAGGCAUGGGAUUCGAAUGUCCCGACUGUUUCGAACAUCCCCUUGCCCACUUAUCCGGAAGGAGCGACCCUCUCAUCCACCGCAAAGCAAGGAUCCUCAUCGAGCACUCCGUUGUCGGCUUCUUCCACUUACUCGUCGUCCAGAAGCAACGAAGAAAAGAAUGCGUUGGAAAUCCCGGAUGAACCGACCUGUUCCAAAAGUUUUGGUGAGCCUUUUUUUUAUUUACUUUUUUUAUUUUUGUUGGUUAGAUAUCUAAACUGUGUGGUAAUGGAGGAGUAUUUGAGCUUAUUCUUUGUCUCUAUUUAUAUUAUUUUAGAUUCGAAAGAAGAACCGCAGGACGAUGGUGAGUACUUGUUGAGCAACUCGGACACCCAAUCCCAACCAGCCUCGGUCCCUCCAUCAUACGAAUCGUGGGAGCAGUCGAAUCUCGACCAACCCGGCCCCGAAGAUCUCACCGCCAAGUAUCAGGACCCACCGCCGAAAUACGAGGACUGUGUGUCGCAAAUCCCCCUGACUGCCGAGAAUCUGAAACAAUACUUUGACGAACCGAACAAUGACAACGCUUCCUUGAGUGGCAACUGCACUCCAAGAGGAUCCUGGGACUCGAGCGAUGAGUUGAACGCCUCCCCACCACCGUAUCAACAGAUUGAUGAGUUCCCGUCCUCGUCGGGAGAGAAUGCAUACUCGAACAAUGAGGUGGAAGAAACAGAAAGCAAUGAUUUUGACAAUAUGUUUGAGGUCAGAUCGAAAAGAUAUGAUCAGAACGGGUCUAUGGGUAUGUUGAACAGGAAAUUUGAUUUGUUUUUGAUGGCUACCGAUAUGUUUUUGAUUGUUGUUGUAAUCUUGAUCGUUGCAGUCUUUCAACUUAACGUGGACAAGCGAAUGCCAGUAGGACGCUUCCAAGAAUGGGUCGCGCAUCAAAUAAAACUCCCCGUGAAUCAAGUGGAGUUCCUCAAAUUCGCCACCGAAGAGGGAUGCGGGUUCCAGGUGCGAGUCAACCAAAACGACUUGAUGCGGGAUGUGAUGCGAGACCUGCACCGAGUGGAAGUCCGCCCAAGGCUAACACCGAGACAGGGAGAGGUGGUCCUCAGCAUCCAUCAAUACAUUGCGGCCGAACCGAACAUCGACAAGCGUCCGGUUUUGUUUGAGGUCAUGUACGAUCGAUCCUCGCCGGUCAGUCAUCUUUUAUUGAAGUGUCAGGCGCUGCUCAAGGAAGUUUAUGCCGAGGAAUACCCCCUAAAACAACUUCGAAUCAGAGCGCUGGGAGAUGAUAGUGCCCCAUUGUUGCAAUGCAAUUCGACUCUGCCAUUGGACAAGAAAUUGUUCCUACAAGUGAUUGAUGGUAUGUUCAGAGGAUUGGUUAUGGUAUAAUAUUCGGUAUUGUUUCAGACAAGCAGACCCUAAACCAACUAGAAGAGGCGACAGACGAAGAAGAGGAGCAUAUGGUUGUGGUGAUGGUCCAGCGAUGGUGCCCACAAAGUUUUGAGACCCUCCCUUUGUUUGAGUUGUUCCUACCAUGGGAAGAGAGCGAGGUUUUCACGAAGAAAUUGAGGAACAAGGCCGCAGAACGAUCGGGAAUCCCUGUGGAGAGAGUCGAAUUCUCGGAACCAUUCCCAACUAAAGACGAGAUUUGUGCCAGAUACCCAUUCUCGAGGCCGAUAAGCGAAUUGAUCGAGACGGUGGAGUUUGGAGAGAAGCUGGAAUGCGCCGGAAUCAACGGGAAAUUGGUUUAUAUUAGGUGAGUUGAGGGAUUUGUGAGAAAUGAAGUCUUGAAACAGCGGUAGUUGGAAAUGUUUUAGGAGUGAAACACUGUUGAAUAAAAGGUCUGAGUUGGAUUGGUAGCCAAUUAAUCUCACUGGUUGGGCGAGGAAUUCGUUUAUCCUGAAAAAUUUAGCUCGAUUAUGCUGCCCAUCCAAAAAAAAUUAAGGAAUAAAAAAGCAUGAUUGAGUUCCGUUUACAUUUUUACGGUGUUUUUGUUUCAGGGACUCCGAAGAAGAGCGCAAAGUCCCAACAGAAGACGAGAAACGCGUGAUCCGCAACAAGGACCAGCGUCGCCUUCAAAAAGAAACUGCCAACACGUUCCGCCGCAUGGAGCGCCCCCUCCGAAUCCAAGUCGCCAGCAUCUCCGAAAGUGAGCCCUAA